AGCUUGCUGCUAGGUUAGCUCAGUGGUAAAGCGGUGGAGGCAGAGGGGUUGGGCGGAAGAUUGACUUGAGAGAGAAGCGAAGCAAAUGGAUUCAUUCUCAAGUCCCUCGAGUGGAUCAUCGUCCCAUUUCAACUCUGAGGAUUUCAAAGACCAGCUCAAGACACAGCUCGCUCAGGCCUAUGCCGAAGAAUUCCUCGAGACAGUGAGGGGGAAGUGUUUUGAGAAGUGCAUCACAAAACCAGGGUCAAGCUUAAGUGGAAGCGAAAGCAGUUGCGUCUCUAGAUGUGUGGAACGAUAUAUUGAGGCCACGGGCAUAAUUAGCAAAGCCUUAUUUUCUGGACCUCGAUAAAAGAGAAGGCACCCUUGUUAAAAAACGAGAGUUGCUCAGUAUGUGGUCAAUACUGAUGUGUAAUCCUUUUCAUAAUUUAUCCUUCACAUUGAGAUUUGAUUAUAUGACGGCUAAGUACUCUUCGAUUCUUGUGGAAGUGUAAUUCCAGUUUGGUUAGACUGAAACUUCCAGGACUUGGGACAAUCAGCAUAGGCGUUACAUUUGUCAAGCGAGAUUGCGCUAACAAAAAUUUUAGUUUUGGUUGUAGAAUGGCCUUUUUAA